GACACAUUGCAACUAGCUGUCUUACUCGCAUGGCGAUUGCCUCCGUGUGGCGGGGAGCAUGGAUUAGGUCGAGAGUCUUUUCUUCUGCACCGCCGAGAGCCGCCGCCGCCGGCGACGUCGACGGAGGAGGCGGUUUGCUGCAGCCUACCUAUUGUGAGAGCAGCACUUCAGCUUCAGGUACCACCACCACUGUCACCAAAUCAUCCGAUUCAGCCGAAGAUCGGCCUCGUGCUUUCAAUUCGUCCAUGGUUCUACCCACGGCGCCGGUCGUGGAGGAGAACGUGGAGGAACUGGAUGUGGGCAAAGUAAUCGAGGAAGGCUGGGUGAGGAAGCUCGAGCAUCUCAAGGGCCUAGUCAUGGAAUUCCGCGACGGUAAUAAUCUCGGUGCCUUGGAGAAGUGGCUCUCAGAGCUGGAUGUCGGCUGGGUUCUCCACGAAUCCAAAAUCGAUGAAUCUGCAGGGAGCAUCCGUAUCUGGCAGCAGUUCCAUUUUUUUGCAGAGAGUUGGAUCCUGGCUCUACAGGAUAUCAAUGAAUCCAUCUCUAGAUGCUUUGAUGUAUGGUGCAGCCAGGACCGAGACGAAGGAACGAGCAAGAAGCCACUUGCUUCCGAGUUUGCACUUCUUGUUGAAGCAACAAUGUUGAAGAUGCUCCCUUUCGUUGAUGCCAUUAUUGCUGCUGCCGCGAGAACCAGCGAUAGGCCGGAGGCAGCAGCAGCAGCUGAGAAGCUCCAGGUACUUAUAGACGUGAGCGAUGCUCUUUCCAUGGCCUCAGAACAAAUACUGUCAUCAUUAUUCUCUUCUUCACCCUGCGUACAAUCUACUGGUGGUACAAUGAGGGAGAACGUAUCAACAGAGCUCGCCAAGCUGGAUGAGGCCAUGUGGAACACAAUGGUUGACAUGAUGACUGGUACCGCAGCAUGGACGGCAGAAGACAACGGCCACCCUUGCGGUUCAAGCGACAUUCACAAGGUCACGCGUUCCAUAAUAAGCUACACCAAGGUGCUCUGGGCCAAUUACUGGUCACUGGAUCGCAUUUUGGAUGACGCAUAUCUCCGUGGUGAAUUUAAGCAUGACAAUGAAAGUGUGAGCCAUCUGACCAACCUGAUCAUGGAGAUGGUCCAUUCGACAGAAGAUAAGCUUGCUAGCAAGUCGAAGUCUUGGUUCGCAGAUCAGAGUCUCAGGUUCCUAUUCUUGAUCAACAAUUCCUACUUCAUGUUGCGCUUAGUGGAUUUCCCCAUGCCCGUCCUUACCCGCAGAAUUGACGACUACAUAAAUGGCUAUCUCCUAGUGUCUUGGGAACCGGUGAUGAAAUGCUUGUGUGAUCCUGCUACACCUUGUUGCUUCACUAGACACUUACCUAUGACAGAGUUCCAAUCAAAAUUUCAUAAGACCUACGCCGCGCAAAAGCUCUGGAAGGUACCAGACCCUGCUAUGAGGAAAAUGCUGCGGAAAGCCAUAGUCGAGAAAGUCAUUCCAGUCUCUACACAAUUCUUGGAGGAUAGCAGCAUCAGCACACCAGGAGUCACUCCCAAGAAGCUAGAAGAGAUGUUGGGAGAGUUAUUCGAAGGCUGAACUAGUGCACCAUAGAGGAAAAGUUGCCAUAAGUAGAGAAGGGAAGUUAGUAGUUCUGCUUUCGUAUCCUUGUUUUUUUUGGAAUGAAUGUUUGUUCCUUUGAACGAGUUAAACUUCUUAAACUUCUGAAACUAUGUGUGAAGCCAAAGAAAAUCUACAACACUACUGGUUUUGUCUUU